AUGGUGUCGGCUGGAAUCGACAUGGACGAAGGAGCUCUCGAGAUCAGAAGGGGUGAUGCAUCUAUGAGACGUGGUAAGGUCUUGGAGGUUGAUGGCGAGAAAGCUUUUGUCCAGGUUUUUGAAGGAACAUCUGGAAUUGACAACAAAUUUACCACCGUUCAAUUCACUGGAGAGGUACUGAAAACACCUGUAUCACAAGACAUGCUUGGGCUCAUCUUUAACGGCUCUGGAAAGCCGAUUGAUAAUGGCCCUCCUAUCUUUCCUGAGGCAUACCUUGAUAUCCCUGUAUAG